AUGAGCCAAUUACGUAACAGAGCUGGUUAAUUUUUUUUUCUUAGUAUAAAUAAAUAGACAAAGAGUGUGUGUCUGAUUUCAUUUGUUGUUGUUUCAUUAAUGUCAAAGAAAAAAGUUUUAGAAAAGGCUAAUUUAGAAUCCAUUGCAAAAUAUAUAAAAGAAAAAGACGUAAAGAAUGUCAUUGUCAUGACAGGUGCAGGCAUUUCAACUGCUGCGGGUAUUCCUGAUUUCCGUAGUAAGGACACAGGUCUAUACCAUAACCUGAAAAGCUUCAACCUACCUUAUGCUGAGGCAGUAUUUGAUAUUGAAUAUUUUGAAGAAAAUCCACAACCAUUCUAUACACUUGCUAAAGAACUAUACCCUGGUCAAUUCUUACCUACCAAAACCCAUUACUUUAUCAAACUACUUCAGGAGAAAGGCAUCUUAUUACGAAACUUUACGCAAAACAUUGACACCUUGGAAAGAUUGACAGGACUGGACCAAGAUUACAUUGUUGAAGCGCACGGAAGUUUUGCCACGGCAUCAUGUAUCAAGUGCAAAAAUCCAGCCGAGAUUGAUCUGGUGAGAAGGAAAGCAUUGGCGGGCAAAGUGCCUAAAUGUGUGUUCUGUAAGGGAUUAGUCAAGCCAAAUAUCACAUUCUUUGGUGAGAGUUUACCCAAGCGAUUCUUUAAUAGAUUGGUCGAUUUUGAAAAGGCGGAUCUAUUGAUUGUGAUUGGAACAAGUCUUCAAGUACAGCCAUUUGCUUCUCUCAUUGAUGAAGUGCCUGACCAUGUCCCAAGACUAUUGAUCAAUCGAGAGCUUGUAGGUGUUCAUCGAUCCAAGUCAAGUGAUGUGGCCUAUCUGGGUAGUUGUGACGAAGGAGUUCAGAAACUGGCGGAAUUAUUAGGUUGGGAUAAGGAUCUAGAUCGAUUAGUUGCCAAGGGCCACAAGAAGUUACAGUCAAUGUGGAAGGAUGUACAAGUGGUGAUUGAAGAGGAGGCAUCGGAGGUUCAAAUUGUUAUUCAUGAAGAAGAAAGCGAAGAGGAAGUGAAUCAAUUGACAGAGAAGCUAGAAAAAUUGACAGCCGAAGACGACGGUAACAACAACAACAAUAAAGAUGAUCAUAAGGAUAGUAAAGACAAUGGAAAGAAUGAAUAA